GCUACAUUUGGAAUUAUCGUUCAGGUCCCUCUGGUUAAGAAGCGCGUGUUCGUUGAAGCUUAAAAUUUGAAUUAAAUAUUCACGUUUAACGCCGGUUCGUUAAAAACAUACAUCUUCUAGAAAAAGGUACUAAGUUUCUAUAAAGUCUUCCAAGUGCUCAUUAGUUAUUUGAUUAUAUGUACUUUUUAAAACUUAUCGCUUUCUAAGAAAAAGUUCCGUUAGUCCGCCAUAUUUGUCGAUCUUUUUUACGUUUCACCGUUCUUUCAUUCAUUAUUAUUUUGCGCGGCGUGUUCUCGAAGGUUUCCGGAAAAUGACAAAUUCGGAGGAAAAGACUUGUGUUGUCUGUGGAAAUCCGGCCGGGUUGAUGUGCCAGCGGUGCGGAGAACCCUAUUGCAGGGACGGAUGCCAACGGUUGGAUUGGCAGCGACACAAACAUGUUUGCAUCAUAAUGCCGCCCUUGGUAUCCAUUUGGCACGCUCAGCAGCCGCUGAAUCCGAUCAAGAGCUUGGAGAAGGCUAUGUCCAAUAUUUCUCUGGAAGAAUCUCCGGCCGAAUUUCAAGCAUCGACCCCAGAUCCAGCUCCAAAACUGAACCAAACAUCUGUGGAGUCGUGUUCCGUCGGUCCUAAGGAGGAGGAACUCUCAAACAUUUGGCGCGAACACUUUUUGCCACAAGGAGAAGAGUUCUUCGAGUGCCGUGUAACCUUCAUAGAAAAGGACGGCCCCAUCUGGGUGGUGCACAUUGCCAAUGUGAAGAGCAUGGAGCGCCUGGCGGACAACUUGCAGCGCUGCAUGCAGCAGCAGAAGCUGGUUCGUCUACAAAACGUCAAGGAAGACAUAUUGGUGGCCAUUAAUGUGGACAAUAAAGUUCACCGUGGCCAGGUGCUGACUGUUGACGAGCAAAAAGAAGAGGCCGACGUACGAAUGAUUGACUAUGGACCGGUGGUGGCCACAUCGUUCUGCGAUAUUUAUUCCGCUGUUCCCAAUAUGGCCAAGCUCAAGGCUCAUGCUUUCCGGGUGAAGCUGCCUACAAAUACCGGAGUCCAGGUCAACAAGAAUCUUACUCUCCGUUUGCUCGGAACCAAAACCCAUCAGGGCGUUUAUCAUGUCCAUCUGAAGCCCAAGAUGACCAUACCACUCAGUUUACCUUUGGAGAUGCUGCAACUGAAUCCUGAGGUUAAGGUGAUUCGGGUCUUUGAGCAAAGUCUAACACGCAACGAGCCGCUGGUGGCUCUACUUCAGAUAAACGUGUUAGAUCACAUAAACAAGGACCUAAAUGCAAGCCUGGCAGGAAAGCCAGGACAACCGUUCACGGGACCCUUUCCCGAGGAGAAGUGCACCUUCUUCGUGGCCGCUCGCACUAAAGAUGGCUAUCGGCGAGCCUUCCUCUUGGACCAUAUUGCGAGGCCUACGCCAACGUUUUUGGUUUACGAAAUGGACGAGGGAAGAGUGUCGAUCACCGACGAGGUCAGUCGCAUUCCCAGCGAGCUACUUGGCCUUCCAAUCCGCGUGUUUGCCGCUCAGCUUAAAGACUCCGUUCCGAAGGAGCUUGAGUCUGAUGGUGCUGAUCUCACGGUGAAGCUUAAGUUGGAUAACACACCGCCAAAGGAAAAGAUACGUGCCGCAGAUGCCGUGUUGCUUGCCAGGGGUCAACAGAUCUGUAUGGCACGGCUGAGCACUUUCUUAGGUCAGAUAUCUGACUUGGGACACAAGUAUUGGCGUGAACCGAUUGAAAACAAUGCUCAAGUGGUCAUUACCCAUGUCGAUAGCUACAAGAAGGUCUACAUAAGCUCCCAGGACAGCAAGAACUAUCCGGGGAUCUUCAAGCGUCUGGAGUCCAAGUGCACUCCUUUCCAGGAUUCCAGCGAGGUUUCAUUUGGCUGCGUUGUACUAGUUACCUCCAAGCUGGGCUGUUUCCGUGGCGAGGUUUUGGGUACCAAGGACGACAAUUAUAUUGUAAAGAACAUUGAUACGGGUGCCACCCAAAAUGUCGAUUUAACUGCGAUGCGUAUGUCUUGUCGCUUCUUGGAGAAUCUGCCCGUCUGCCUGAUGGGCGUCCAGCUAAAAACCGUUUGCAAUAUUCCGGACGCCGCUGUACCAGCAAAUAAUGCCGCCAUCCAAAUGCUGCACAACCUUUGCGUGCAGGAGGAAAAACUUACUCUCGAAAUUGUAGAUGCAGGCACUUCUACUGUGGAUCUUUUGUCCAAUUUUGGCGAUAUGCGCUCGUUGGUAAACCAAAUGCUGCCACUCAUGUUUACACCGGUAAAGGAAGGAACUCCAGCUACUGAGCCAAAAGACGCUCUGACUCCGGCUCCAUCCCCUGUUGCCUCGCCAGUAAAUCGCAAAAAAACAGAUCCUGUUAUGCUGGAGGCAGCCAUAGAUCUGCCCCCGUUGCCACCUUCGCCUCCGGUGUCUCCUAUUCCUGUAAAUUCGGUCAACUUAACUCAAGAAACCGCAACCAAAGAACCCUUUGAACGCUUCUUUUUCAAUGCUAUGCCCAAGUAUUUGGUCCCCGUUGGGAACAAGAUUCCCGUAAUUCUGUUGAACGCUUUCGAAAUGUCAGAAACCGGCUACAUCACCGCCUGUUUCUUUGAGAACGGACAGGUGGCCGAAAAAUGUCAGAAUCUACUUAAUUUGGUUGUCCAACAUGGAGCGUGCGAACACAAUGUUGUGCCUGGUUACGAGCCGGGCGUUGGUGAAGUGUGCUUGGCGCUCUUUAAUGAGGAUAAGAGUUGGUAUCGUGGAGUUUGCCAAGACGUUAAGGACAAAGUGGCAAAGAUAUUAUAUUGUGACUUCGGAAACAUUGAAUACGUGGGCGUUGAAGAUCUGAAGCCCAUUCCCGAGGAUCUUCUAAGUGGCGUCUAUGCCACCAAGUGCUACAUAGCUGGCUUCGACAAAUCCAAGAAUUUUAAGGCUUUGGCGCAUUUCCUCGUUCAUACGGUCAAGUUUGAGUGUGACGUUGAGGAGGGUCCAGAGCCCGAUACGCGUGUCAUAAGGAUCCCUAACAUGGAAAAUAUACUAGACAACUAAGAAUAUGACUCAUUUCGACUUCAAGUUACAUGACAACAUGGAUUGCAUUCCUUAAUAAGUUUAUAGCAUAGCGUACACCACCGUGUAUUUCAGAAAUCAAUUAAAAUCUUUCGUUUUUUGUUUUGUUCUUAUA